AUGCCUUCAUCCCAAAGGUCUGGCCGUAUUGGCAGUACCAAAUCGAAAACAGGAUGCGAUACCUGCAAAAUUCGUCGUAUCCGGUGUAGUGAGGAGAAACCAUUUUGUGUGAGAUGCACUAGCACAGGCCGACAGUGUGCUUACAGCACCCAUUCCCUUCAAACAAUCUUGGUGUCACCGUAUCCACAGUCGCAUUCGGGCCAGCGGGAACGUCGUGCUUUUGAGUACUACUUCCAUCGAGUAGGACCAGCUCUUGCCGGCGUGUUAGAUCUCACCUUUUGGAACGGAUCCGUCCUGCAGAUCUGUCGAUUAGAACCAGCUGUGUGGGAUGCUGUCAUUUCACUUAGCACACUUCAUGAGCGACCUCCAAUCCAUGACACUUCUCCAUUUUCUCUCAUCAAUAACCCGGCCGACGUGCGCCAUGACUACCACCAAGAAGCUUUAGUGUGGUACUCACGUUCACUGGCUGCUCUACAACAACGCAUCAACCGGGGUGUUGCUGAUCUCACGAUAUCCAUGAUCAGCUGUGUUAUUUUUAUCGCUAUUGAGCUACUCCAGGGCAAUAGAGCAGCCGCCGUUACUUUAUAUAAACAAGGGGCGCAACUAUUGGCCAGCACAACAUCUAUCGCGGCUUCUGACAAUGGCUUUGCAUUAUUGAAGACCACUAUCUACCCGAUGUUCCACCGUUUAGGGGCUCAAUUUCUCAUUUCAACAGAUGGUGCCUUACGCGACUCAUGGGCAUUGAAUCAUACCAGUAUGAGAGGAAGGUUCACGACCACCAAUGAAGCUCAAAACGCACUUUUAGAUCUUGUUGCAGAAUGGAAAAUCCUCAACAAAGAAGUCAAAGCUGAUUUGAAAAUAUUUAACGACGGCAAUAUACCGGAUGUAUCUGCCUUUGCGGACCGACAAAAAUGCCUGGAAGAUUGUUUACGAGUCUGGUACAUAUCUUUCAAUUCUAUGACACCUUCACAAAAUCCGAAUUACUAUCCAACUGUGGAACUCUCCGAUGACUCGACCUGUCUUCUUUUGAUGACUUUCAUCAGUAUAUUGAUCGAAACGCAAACAUCUCUCGUUCUCAAUGAGAUGGUAUAUGACGAGUUCGAAGCAGAGUUCGCGCAAAUUCUGCAAUAUGCGCCCAAGGCCAUUAAUGCUACCCGUAGCCCAGACGGCAGCCAGCCUUAUUUCAUGCUUGAAAUGGGCAUAUUUCUUCCUCUCUUCAUCACAGCGCUCAAGUGUCGGUCUCCUAAGUUGCGCCGCCAGGCAUUGUCGUUUCUACUGGAUGCGCCGCCAGUACAGGGGCUAUGUAUGUGUGCUCCAGUUGCGAAUAUCAUUGCUACAAUUGUUUUUAUAGAAGAGGAUCUCGCGCAGGACGGGAUCGAGUCGUUUGCAGAUUUGAUGGGGUCUUCCGGGAAUAUUCCGACUGCAGAUAAGCGCAUCAGUAGUUUGAAUGUCUCGUCAGAUUUGAACAAUGAAGGGGAGCGGGAAAAUCGGUUGCAUUUUACGGCCUAUGUCUCUAACAUGGAAGGAAAGAAGUGGCUUUCGGAAUCAUCUGUGCUGCUCCCACUUCUGAAGGAUAAAUCUGAAAAUCGAUAA